UUCACCACCAUCCCCCCUUCUUUCUCUCUCCUCCUUUCUCCUUCGUCUUCUUCUUCUUCCUGGCUACCCUCGCACUGCGAGCUACCUACGCACGCACGCACGCACGGGGUUCUGCAGACCUCCACCCCCCCCGUCCCUCGCCCAACGCAUUCUGCAGAAAAACGAGAGAACAUCGAGGGAAGAAGAAGGCCCGCAUAACGCCGCGCCCUCUGAAUCUGCAAGGAGGACCGAGAAACCGGAGGCUCUCCCGGAGCCGUUUCUGAAGCAAGGCUGAGUGAACGAGGACAGGGGGAGAGAAAGGGAAGGACUUGCUCCCGGGAGCCGUUUCUCCGUCGUCUUCCCGAUCCUUCCGCGAGCUUCUCCAAUCUAGGUUCUUGGGUUGGAUUUUUUUUGCGGUUUGGCGUGAGGCGCAUGUGCGUUGCGCCCCGCUCGGAAUUACUUGGUUGAUUGUUUUGGGAGUCUGGGAGGUUCGCGGAUGAAUGGUUGAAGCAGAUUUGGAUCGGGACCUGCUUAUUGUCGUUGUCGGCGGCGGCGGCCGUGGAGAUUUGGUGGCAUGAGCGGUUCUGCUGGCGAGCCCUGCAACAAGGGCAUUGAUGGGAGUGUAGGAGGGUUGGUUUGGGUUAGGCGGCGGAACGGCUCGUGGUGGCCUGGUCGGAUUAUGGGCCACGACGAGCUGCCCGAGAGCUGUCUGGUCUCGCCGAGAUCGGGUACUCCAGUGAAGCUCCUCGGUCGCAAGGAUGCUAGCAUAGACUGGUAUAACCUUGAAAAAUCCAAGAGAGUGAAGGCGUUUCGUUGUGGGGAGUAUGAUGAUUGCAUUGAAAAGGCGAAGGCAGCUGCAGCCACUUUAAGUAAGAAAGUGGUGAAAUAUGCAAGGAGAGAGGAUGCAAUCUUGCAUGCUCUUGAGCUUGAGAGUUCUCGAUUGGGGAAGGACCAUCCAGAUUUUUAUUGUAGAAAUUAUUCAUCAGGGAGAGAUGGUGCUUUGGUUAUGGAGUCUCCUACAAUCUCAGAUUCUGGUAGAGCAAGUGAUGAAAUUUCUGGAGAUGAGAGUGGCUGUGACACUGAUUCACAUUCUGGGCCUGAGUUAUCUCAGUCUGGCAUAUCUUUUGAAGAACCAAAUCUUGUCUGUUCUUCUAAGUUGCAAUCUGCACUGGGAAGGAGGAAAACCCCAAAUGAUUCGGAAGAUGAUGGAACUGAAGGAACCAAGCGCAUGAGAGGGCUUGAGGAUCUAGGCAUGGGUAUGGUGUCUAACAAAAUGGUUCAGGUUGCCCUUGUUGAGUCGGUUCAAGAUAUAGCUCCUGGCACAAGUACUGCCCAUUUUGUGCCAAAUGGAAAUCCUGUCAAUGGUUGCAAAGGCUAUUCUUCAUCUCUGAAGAGAAAGAGAUCUCAAGUGGCAAUAGUGCGUGACUUCCUUAAAAAGAAAAAUAGACGUCGUCCUUUGACCAAAGUUUUGGAGAGUACGACAAUGGUGUCUGUACCAGUUACUUGUGACCAGUUAGCCUCUUCAAGUGGUACUUGUCUUGGCACUGCAUCCGACUGCAAGGCAUCUGGAUCGGAACAUCUUGAUUUAAAGAAAACGUCUCCCAUGGUCCCGACGAACUCAGAUGGCCCUGCAGUUUCACAUGACAACGAGCCAAUGGUAAAUGAUUGCAAGCAUGCUCAGAAAACCAAUGAUUUCUCGAAGACAAAGGAGACUUCCCGCUUAUCGGGGCUACACGAGAAUGAAUUAUCUGAUGUGUUAUUUGAUGUGCCAUUUGUUGGAGAUGAUAGAAACUCUACAGGUUAUCCUCCAAUGCUAGCCAAGGCUCAACUUAGCAACUUAGGAAGGCAAUCAAGUCAAAGCAGUCAAGUAGAAGCUGCAUCUUUGGCAUGCAACCAUGUUAAUGAAUCUGGUUGCAACAGUUUGGCUGCUGUUCGUGUAGAUCAAGUAGGUCAAAAGAUAGACAAGGGUACUUCCAAGUGGCAGUCGAAAGGAAAGAGGAAUUCGAGGCAGUUAAGUAAAAACAGGAAUCGGCAUCCGGGAAGGUAUUUAGAAAUGGACGAGGAAUCCAAUACUUAUCUGACAGGUCUACAUAACACAGAUGGUUGCUUGCCGGGUUCUGAGCGGAAACCUGGCUCCACUUUUAUUGAUGGGUCCAUUACUUCACAUGCUAAACUGAAAUCGGGUAGCGAAGGUCAGGUGGAUGGGGUACCUGAUUGGGGCUCGCGAGUGUUCCCAGGAGAAUCUCACGUGAAAAGACAAGCUGAGCUGAAGCCAUUGCCCAAUGGGUCUCCGACUUCCCAAAGAUCGCUCCCUCAUCGUCAGUCUCGUUUUGCGGUGCACUCUAGGCAUAAGACGGAUGAGUAUCCUAUUGGGGAUUUGUACUCCAAUUCGCCCUUGUAUGAUGUCGAGCUAGAAGUCAAGGCUAGCUAUCGACCAACUCAUGUUCCUUUGGUUUCGCUCAUGAGUAAAUUAAAUGGCAAAGCCAUUGUUGGACACCCUCUCUCAGUUGAGGUCCUAGACGGUGGGCACUGUGAUAAUUUGGUAAAUACAGGCAGCUGUGAUGCAAAUAAUCUCUCUACCUGGGGAGGUUCUAAAAUUGCUCAUCCAGUUCAUAGAAGCUCAGCACAUGUCCGACGAACUGGUAAGUCCCAUUCGCGGAAAAAGUCGUCCAAAGCGAAGAAAUCGGGUCAAUUGUCUAAAAAGAUGCGGAAGCUGUCCUCAUUGACCGGACAUAAGCGAGGUGAGGACAUGGGAAAAUUUGCAGUAGAGAAGCCUGCUGGUCCUGUUAUAGCUUGCAUCCCAUUGAAAGUAGUGUUCAGUCGAAUAAAUGAAGCGGUGAAUGGUUCAGCGAGACCAACGCAUCGGGCUUUGACAUCCAACAAUUAGUGAACUUUUUCUGGCUCAAUCUUGUUGCUGUAUGUAGUGCAUUUUUAGUUGCGGAUUUUGUUUCGAUUUUACUCUUAGCCUUGGACUCUCUGCUUUGUAUAUCAGCGAGCUCCUUUCUGUAUAAUUUGGUCUCGGAAUGCAACCUUGUAGGGAAGCUACUACCAGAUACCGUACAUAUUUAACAUUAGUUGAGGUGUAAAGUGGAAGUCUCUGGCAAUAGGCAAAAUUGCUUACUUGGUAGUGGUAGUAGGUUGGUUCUGUGAGCUAAUAACUCUUCUGUAUCUGCUGUUGGUCAUGGAACAUGUUUAUUAAUUUUAUCAAUUUUCUGUAGAA